AUGGCGGUAGAAACUAUCGUUCAGGACAACACCACCACAGCUAGAGCUGACGAGAACAAGAUCCAAUCAAAUCUCACAGCCUCUGCAGCUGAUAGUGACGCAGAAUAUGCACCUGAAAAGAUGCCCGCGUCAGCGGACGAGGCACAGGAAGGUGUGAGAGAGGUUGAAGCCGUAACCUUGACCUGGACGAGGACAAGUUUGAUCGUGGCUUUUGUUUGCAUGUGGUCACUCUACCUUACCAACGCGUUCCAAGGCUCGAUUACAAACAACUUGUCACCAUUCAUCACGAGUGGCUUCGAAGAGCACUCUCUUCUGACGGUCAUCUACAUCGUUUCGAGCUCGAUGGCUGCAGCAGUCUACAUUCCCGUUGCGAAAAUUGUCGACGUCUGGGGAAGAGCUGAGGGUUUCCUUCUCCUUGUCGGAUUCGCAACUCUUGGUCUCGUUCUGAGCGCUGUUACAACGAAUCUUACGACAUACUGUGCUGCACAGGUCUUCUACACAAUCGGCUUCAGUGGCAUGAUCUACUGCGUCGAUGUGAUCACUGCAGACUCUUCGAGUCUCAAGCAUCGGGGCCUUGCUUUUGCUUUCACAGCGUCGCCAUACAUGAUUUCUGCCUUUGCCGGACCAAAGUCUGCUGAGGCAUUCUACGAGAAUACUAAUUGGAGAUGGGGUUAUGGUUGCUUCGCCAUCAUUCUCCCCUUCGUUGCAGCACCACUUGCCAUCACAUUGAAGUACAAUCUCAAGAGGGCUCGUGCUUUUGGCGUCCUGGUCAACGAGAAGAAACAGAGGACGUUCGUACAAACUGUUUGGUACUACAUCCAGGAAUUUGAUGCUGCUGGCAUGAUUCUUCUCGCUUCAGGACUGGUCAUCUUCCUGCUACCUUUCACAUUGGCCGACUCAGCUCCUUCAGGCUGGAGCACUGGCUACAUAAUCGCUAUGCUGGUCCUCGGCUUGGUGCUACUCAUCACGUUCGCACUUCACGAACGAUUCUUCGCUCGUCAACCUUUUGUACCAUUCAAAAUGCUGACCGAUAGAUCGGUGCUCGCGACUCUUGGACUCGCAGCCACCUACCAGAUCUCCUACUACUGCUGGAGCAGCUACUUCACAUCCUUCCUGCAAGUCGUCACAGAUCUGACUAUAGCUCAAGCUGGAUAUGUCAGCAGCACCUUCGAUGUUAUUUCCGGAGUCCUCCUCAUUGGUGUCGGCCUCGCCAUCAGCAAGACUGGCUACUUCAAGUGGUUGCUCUGGAUUGCUGUCCCACUGUACAUCUUCGGCCAAGGUCUCAUGAUCUACUUCCGAAAGCCAGGCGUCAAGAUCGGAUACAUUGUUAUGUGUCAGAUCUUCUUGUCAAUAGGUGGAAGCACCAUGAUUCUCUGCGAACAGAUAGCAAUCCUAGCAGCUGUCGAUCACCAACAGAUUGCUGCAGCUCUUGCCCUGCUCAGUAUGUGCGGCUGGAUCAGUGGUGCUAUUGGAAGCACUAUCUCUGGCGCGAUCUGGACCAACUCUUUCCCACAAGCAUUGUCGGAGUUCUUGCCCGAGGAUGCACAAGCCAGUCUCGAAGACAUCUACGGAAGCCUUGAUGUUCAGCUUGGCUUCGAGGUCGGCAGUGCUACAAGACUGGGCAUACAGUGGGCUUAUGGUGUUGCACAAGAAAGGAUGUUGAUUGCCGGUACAGCUAUCAUGACAUUGUCGUUGGUUUGUGUAUUCUUCAUUCGCAACUACAAUGUUGGUGCUAUGAAGCAGACGAAGGGCAUGGUCUUCUAA